UGCGUGUGCGCAGGCGCUCAGCGCGGAGUACUGCCGGAAACCAAGAUGGCGUAUAGGUGUUGUCCAGGCCGCAGUUGGCGCCUUAUCAGUAUCUGAGCGGGUGUUUUGUAAGGGACUGUGGCGAAUGCCUUCUUCGCCGCCAUGGCCCGGCAUCGGAAUGUUCGAGGCUAUAACUAUGAUGAAGAUUUUGAAGAUGAUGAUCUCUAUGGCCAGUCUGUAGAGGAUGAUUAUUGUAUUUCGCCAUCAACAGCUGCUCAGUUUAUUUACUCACGGCGUGACAAACCUGUUGAGCCUGUAGAAGAAUAUGAUUAUGAAGAUCUGAAAGAAUCCUCUAGUUCUCUUUUGAGUGAUCAGCUAAGUGAAAUUGAUCAAGCCCGUCUUUAUUCGUGCCUUGAUCACAUGAGGGAGGUACUUGGAGAUGCUGUACCAGAGGACAUAUUGAUUGAAGCAGUUCUGAAGAACAAGUUUGAUGUGCAGAAGGCUUUGGCACUGGUUCUGCAACAAGAUAAAAUGCAGAAUUUGAAGGUCAAGAGUGAGGGAGCAGUAUCUAUAGGAAAGAUAGCAAAAGGAGUCUUAUUCUCUUACUCUGAAGUUUCAGUUCCAAGCUCUUGUCCUCAGUCCGCAAACCAUUUAGAUUGCAGUAGCAAACCAUUUGAUUUUUCUGGUCCAGUAACAAAAUGUGGAUUCUAUCAUAAUUCCUCAGUUGUACCAAGUCACUGUUUACUCCAUAAAAAAAAGAAACUUGACAGACCUAAAAGUGAAAAGAAACUAGAAUCGUGUAAGUUAACAAGAGAGCUGUCACUAGCUGACCUAAUUGAUGAUAUGCCAAGAGAUGCUUGUAAAAAUCAGCUGUCAGUUGGAUUAUCAUCCACAGAUAGUCUGGAAAGUCUACUUUCAAAGAGUCUGGAUGCUCAUUUGUUGAGAACUCAUGCAUCUGAUUGUGUUUCCAGAGAUUGUGCAUUCAAAGGAAUACCAGAUUUAAAAUCCUUAAUGAUAAAGAACGCGACACCUAAUAACUCUUUAUUUAUUCAGAAUAAUUCACUACCUGAUUUGCAAAACAUUCCAGUACAAAACAGCUUAGGAAGUUUAAAUAAUCCUUUGCUCCUAACUGGCUCAUUGGAAAAUGUGGCUUCUGAUAAUUUAAAUGCUCGUAAAAUGACUGAAGUUGGAAAUGUUUCUUCAGUUGAACAAAGUGUGAAGAAUAACAUUUCAAAAAAUGACAGUUUGCAGUUUUCCCAGUAUGAAAGCCCAUCCCUAGCUGAACUGUUUCAGGACCACAAAGAAAACAAUCCAAGCCACUGCUUUAGUUUAUCUGAUCUUUGUAACCAGUCAUCUGCCAGUUUCACCGAUCUAAGUUCGGGAUCCUUUUCCCUGUCACAACCAGCAAAUCAGUAUCAGUCUUCUACUGGAAUAUCAGAAUUAACAGGAUCUCUGUCAUCUUUGGCAUUUCAUAAAGCUUCUCCUACGAGAGACCUUGAGAAUUUGUCACUUUCAGAUUUGAUCGCAGAAACAAUUGAUACAGACAGUUCUCAGAUUAAGAACGAUUCCUUUAAGCUCAGUUUAUCUGAAAUGAGAUCACCAGGAAUAGAUUCAAAUAUUGAUCUUAGUGUCCUUAUAAAAAACCCAGAUUUUGGUCCAAAACCUGUAGUAGACCAAUCAGUUGCCCCAAUACCAGGAACUAAAAUUCUAAAUUCGAAGCUAGGGAAACAUUCCAUUUCUGCCAAGGAUAGUAAGAAAAACAAUAAAGACUCUCUGAUCAGGAAACCACCUUCUGCUUUGUCUUGGACCAAGGCCCUUGCUGCUAGACCUUCAGCUUUUGCUUCAACACUGUGUCUUCAUUACCCAUUGAAGAGCUGCAAGCGACGCACCCUUAACCUCUACAAGACUUUUCUUUAUAGUAGACAAGUUCAAGAUGUAAAGGACAAAGAAAUAAGUCCUCUUGUAGCAAUAACACCAUUUGACUUCAAAUCAGCAUCUCCUGAUGACAUUGUAAAAGCUAAUCAAAAGAAAGUUUUUACUAGAGAAUAGUAACAAAAGGAAAACUUGAUAACUGUUGUAGAACUCUUUAUUUUAAAGUGAUUUAAAGUCUUCAUAGGAUUACUUUAUAUUAUGAGAUUUAAGUUGUAAUUUUUAUAUUAAAAUUGUCUUAACUCAGUUGAUAACUUUAGUUGAUAAGUAUUUUUACACUGAAAUUUCUCUUUUUACUCUUAGUGGUAGGUGGCUUUAUUUAAGUUGAUAGGCUAUAAUGGCUAUGUUUACAAGGUGCAUAUGGAAACGUGAUAUUGUGAAAGCAUAUCUCAGAUACAGUAUUUUUGUUUGAAGAAUUCAACUUAUUUUACAACGGGACCUUUUCUUUUAUAAACUAUUUCUGCGCUUUGUUCUUAAAUGAAAUGCCACCACUUAGGAUGAUUAUACUGGGGGUUCCAAAAAAAUGUAUACACAUGGUUUGUAUUCAUCUUUUGUUACCGUAUAUAUUGAGUAUUAACAAUUUUAAUACAGCUUUUCCUUUCUUAAAAUGUGUAUACAUUUUUUGGCAUCUUUGUUUAGUGAUGAAGGUUUUUCUUAUAUGUAGCAUAACAUAGCUGAGACAUAAUUAUAUUUUAAAAUAUUAGUGAUAUUAUUCCCAGUUUUAUUAUUUUUCUGUAGGUGAAUACUAAAAUUUUUUUAUUCGAAAAUCUUAAAAUUCCUGACUUUUAAGAAUACAGUGGAGGUUGUUGAAAUACUUUUUUGAUGAAAAUAAAAAAAAAAAUCCUUUAAUGGACCAUGUAAAUAUUGAGGUUGGAUUUAUAUAUAAAUUAUUUUUAUACAUUUUCAAAACCAUUGGUUCUAAAUGCACACUUUAAAAUAAAUACAUAGAAAUAUAGAAAGUGUUUUCAAGUAUGGUUGCAUGGUUUUUGACUAGAUAAUUCACAUCUCUAACUUUUUUACUGUAAAUAAUAGAAUAUGGAGUUUUCCACGUUUUUUACUGACAGCUGUAUGUGCUACAAUGUAAGUUUUCAGCAAUGGCAGACCAAAUAAGAGCUCUUCCAGUCAGUAGAACCAGGAUGUAAUUCAUCCCUUAAAGCAGUUUCUUUGCCUAGCAAUCACAGUUACUGGGGGAACUUUUUCAAAACACAGAUGCUGUGGCUUUACUUGAGACAUGGUCAGUCUCAGGGAUGGCAUUGGGGAAUGUGUGUUUUCAAAAUAGUCCCUAGGUAAUUCUGAUGUGUUACUUCUGCUAGAGAACUACUACCUUAGAGGAGGAAAUCAGUAGAAAGAAAGGAAAUACUAAUGCAUAGAAUAACAUUUGACCAACUUGAAUUUAUAAUUCACAUUUUUCUAAUCCAGAAUAACAAAGAAAACUGCUAAUUAGAAAUUACGGUCUUUUGCAUAAAAUGAUGCUGAUAUUAUAUUAUUAGUAUUUCUUACAGAAAAAAAUGGUAUCUAAAAUACUAUGUCUUAAUGAAAAUGAAAUAACUGGCCUUUUCCCAGUAAAGAAAUACUUUUCUCUGACAGCCACUUCACUAUGCUUUUGAUAAAUUUUUUUGUAUUUCUUGCUUCUGUUUAUUUUCAGAAUGGCAGUCUAAUCUUUUUAGCUGUGUAUGGUAUUUUUACAUUCACUGUUUUGGUGGGAAAAUUUAAGCCAGCAUUAUGUCUUCAUUGUUCCUGACCGAACACUUUGUGAUGUCUUCAGGUUUUAUUUUUAAUUUCAUAUUUCAGUGCACAUUAUACUGAUUCUUAGGAGAUUGUAUAAAUCACAUUAUAUUUUAUGAUUCAUUUUCAAGUUUGAAUUACCCCAACUGCUGAUUUUGUUUUUCUAGUCUUGUACCUUGAUCAAACAUUUUAGUGAUUUUGAACUAUUAGUAUAUGACUCAUCAACUAGAUUUAUAUAUAGGCAGUCUCCAACUUAGAAGUGAAUUGUGUUCUAAGAGUUUGUUUGGCUCUGACAAUAAUUCCUGAUAGAAUAAGCGCUACACUAGUGGUCCACUUUGCACACGAAUACACAAAUACUUAUUUAGCCCAUAUUGAAGUUGAACUGUAUGGUACCUUCUUUUGUAACAAACCAAUUUUCAGGUGGAAACACUAUACUUUUUAAGUCACAAAUAGAUCCUCUAGAGUGAAAUAGAUCUCCAUUUGUUGGCUGAUUAGGAUUAUAACGACCUUUUAUGGGGAUUAUUUUUGUAGAGGAAAAAAAUUCUAUGCUCCAAGGUAAUAAUGAAAGCAACCAUUUGUAAAUGUCUCCCUACUUUCCUUGUGGCUACUGGUCUGUCAGGCAUGUACGUGGUAUAUACUUGCCCUGUUGUCAGAGUCUCUGAGGUUCAGAGGGUGGAACCAAAAAGACCCUCUGCCCCUUCCACCCUUGGCCAUGAGCCCUUGGUAAGGAGACAAGGGCCUGCUUGUUCAUGGAUACAUUCCCGGGAUAGCGCUCUCACUGAGUGCGUAUUCUGCGCCAGCUGCUAUUGACUCGCUGACCACUGUCUUGGUAGCUCAGAUAUGCUAAGUGUUUUUGGUUUAUUUUCCAGUUCAAAUAUCAAUUUUGAUGCGCAAAGCCGUUUUUGUUCGCAUUAUGAUCAAGUGCAUUAAUAUUUUACUUUAGGAUUAGAAAUAAUAAUUAUAAUUACAUUCUAAAUGAUAUAAAAUACAAAAGACAUUUAAGUUUACCAUUUUACUCUUCACUUGUUUUGUUUUUUAAAAGAUCUGAUGUUCAUGGAUGUUUUGUCCUUUUGCAUUUAAAGUCUUUGUUGGCAUUUUUGGUUAUGACUCUUCUUACCAUUGAUUGCCAAGAACUAAGGUGUCACCUCUGUACAGAAUACUUUGCCUAACUUUUCUUUCUUUUUUCUUUUACCUUUUUCCUAGUUAGUGAAGUGGCAUUCUAACCUCUUUUUCUCCAUUUGUCUUUGAAUCCUCCUCUUUAGAACUUUUCUUUCACCCUUUUUCUUACCAUAUAAGUAGUAAUCACUAUUCGCAGUGUUUUAUAUUUAAGUUUUAGUAUUCAGUGGAAGGUCAUGCAACUAAUUAUCACAUCCAAGGAUAAAACUAGCACAUUGCUUUUCUUUGUAUGUAAAAUGAAGCACUGUUAAGAUAACCACAGAAAAAUAAUAGAUUCUCAUGUGAUUAUUUACUUUUUACAUUGACCCUGAAUCUCAGUGUGGACCAUUGCAAAUAAACAAGUAUAGAAUUUUAUAUUGAGGAAGAACUUUGUAUCAAGUUUUCUGUUUUGUGUUCACAAAAGUAUUUGGUUAUAAAAUCAGUUUCAUAGUAGCCUAGAAAUUGUUUUACUUAUAUAAACAAAGAUAAUGUCGA